CCGCCAUGGUCGACAACCCCUGGCUGCCUCAUCUGUAUUACGCAUUUCAGGAUGAAACCCAGCUUCACCUGGUCAUGGAUUAUGAGCCUGGUGGAGACAUGUACAUCUUUUUGAGCAAGUAAGUAUGCAUGCCCAUCGGAGUUGUCGAACCCCGCAUGUCCUGGACCUUGAGACUACCUCAUUAUUUGCUUUCCUACCAGGACAGCACACCUUCUGGACCCCGAGAUGAUUGAGUUCUACGCGGCUGAGGUUGUUGAGGCUGUUCACUCGCUUCACCAGAUGGGCUACAUUCACUGGUAAGAUCCGACCCUUAAAAUUCCGAACCAUACACAUAUGCACGAUUUCUAGUAAAGUCUCAUAGAUGGUCUAGCUGACUUCUGAAAAAAGGGAUUAUGCUCAAGAUCCAGUCUAUCCUGUCCGUCUUGUAUGCUAAGUGUCCCGCACCGACUGUGAUGACUCAGGCUGUCUUUGCAUUUUCUGUCCAUGCACUUCCCUUUUAUCUUUCAGUGAUAUUAAACCCGAAAACUUUGCAAUUGAGCGAAGUGGGCACUUAAAGUUAAUCGACUUUGGAUCUGCAAUCCGCUUGGAGGCUGAUGGCAAGGUAAUUUUCGUCGUAGAUUUAAUCAUUUCUAGGCUGGCAUAGAUCAUUGCUUACGGUGAAAAUUCUAUAUGUGUGCCUUAUUUUCUAAGCUUGAAUUCUUUCACUAUCGACGUCCCUAGUUAAAAUUUUCACGGAACACUAUGCACCAUAGAGUAGGUUUCAACCACUUUUACAUCCCUUCUCACCUUUUUUGCUGUGUGCAGUCUUCACAUAGAGUUCCGAGACGACCUCUUUUCUUUUCUAGUUUCAUCCUCCGUGGUUCUGCUCCGUUUUUUAGUUUCUCAUAGACAGGUCGGCUUUUUUCAGUCACUAAACCCCAUUCCUCCUCUUAAGCACUGCCCAUCUAAAUUCUUUUCUGACCAAGUCUUCGGUAGCGAUUAUUGGGAACGAAGUUCAGCGUUCAUAUUAUUCUUUCCUUGCAUCCAAUCAGUUUAAGCUUACUGCCACAGGCAAAGAUUUGUGACUAAAACACCACCUUGUUUAAUUUAGUCGCAAGUAUUUCUGUGAAGGUAGGUCUGAAAUUUUAAUGCGGUGCGGUAAAAUCUCAGUAACUCGUGGCUAUACAUUUUUUCAAGAUAAUGAACUAAUCAUUGAACCAUCUGACACCAACUUUUGUUUCAGUGUGUCUGCCCGACAAUGGUUGGUACAAAGGAGUACCUCAACAUUGAACUGCUUACCCAACGCAAGCGCAGCCCAAAGGACGCACUGCGUGUUGGUCCAGAGUACGAUUAUUGGGCUGUGGGUGUGUUCAUCUAUGAAAUGUUCUAUGGCUACACACCAUUUUACGAUGAGGACGAUGACAAGAUGAUGGAUAAUAUUCGUAACUUCAAGGUAAUGCUUUCCUGUGGUUUCUAUUGUCUCUCCUUUUCAUAG